CAGAAUUUGAAAACAUAAUUGAGCUAGUCCUUUAUUAAGAAUUUAAGUUGAUAAUAAGAUACCCCUAGCUUUCAUUAUGGCCUCACAAAAUUGCCUGGUGAAAGACAAAGGGCACAAUACAAUAACUUUUAGAUAAUUAGAUACAUGUUUAACUACACUAAUUUGUAUUAUGUACAUGAAAUGCCAAAGAAAAAGAGUGAUGAGAAAAACACAAAAUUCAUAGCAGCUUCCAGGGAAGGCAAUGAAGCUUGGAACAUGAACCAGACCAUGAAGCUUCACACUGAUCUUCUCCUCUUCCAUCAGCAAUAACUGCACCAUCACAACACUUGCACUCCAUCCCAAGCGUUGCAAAAAGCUUCACAUAUCCUACGUUCAUUUUAAAGCAAAUUAGCAUACACACAUACAGCUACAAAAAAUCAAGCAUUUGGCGUUAGUGAUUUGUGCAUCUAAAUGUCUAAUGUCGGUUCUCAUCGACGCUAGCUAAUUGCCACAAAUACAGUCCGAAAGAUAGACCGUCGGCUCCGUGGGCGAAGACUUUUGCAUCGGUUUUUAAAACCGUCGGAACAUCCGAUGCGAAGUUCGGAUAUCUUCUACCAACGGUUUUACGUGUUGUUAAUAAUCCAAUUUAAAAAUAUGUUAUACCAAAAUAAAUGUACCGGUUAGCGGCAGAGUCAGAAAUAUUUCUAAUAAAGGGUCUCGGGGUUAGAUCGAGCAUAGAAAAUUUUACUGCAGAGCAAACUAGUAGCCCGGCUCCUUCCUGACUCCUCCGUUGUAUAUAUGAAUAUGUAUUUAUUGGAAGGAAAUAAAAGUGAUGGAGGAGUAAAUCACGGUAAUGAUUUCAAACAGUUUCUAAGGGAGGUGGUUCAAGGCCUGAUGCGCACAAGAAGUCACCACAUUGAUCGAAUGAACUUCUCACACUACUACCGCCAAGAAUUGAACGUGAGACCUCAAUCCAAGUGUGAACUGCCUCACUCAGUCACGUUGAGCGACUCCUAUGGGUGCCUAAUUCAAAUCAUACUCGUGGAUGUAAAAUGGCGACAACCAAAGUCACUACACAAAAUCAACGAAUUUGACACGAAUUCUUGACACAGAUUCUUGACACGAAUUUGUCAAAAUUCACAGGAGAUUUGACACGGAUUUGACACGUAUACGUCAAAUCUGUGCCAAAUUCCGUGAUAAUGCCAAAUUGUCACCGGUUAUUUGGCACGAUGGCGUGCCAAAAAUAUGUUAUGAUAUGUGCCAAAACUCGAUCGUUUCGUGUCAAGCCGUGCUAAUAUCUUGUUUUUUCUUUGUAGUGGGUGUAGCAUAGAGAAUAAAAAUGGCAAUGUUUCAUUUCUAGUAUUAAGAACUCUUUCCCUUGAAACCACAUACACCAACUCACACUCAUAUAUACUUCGGAUGAGUUAAUGCAUGGAAGAUGAAAUCAGGAAACCAAAACUUAAACCCGCACGGGUAGCUCAGUUGGUCGAGUGCUGGGAGAUUUAGAUCAAUGAUCAAGUAUGGGUCUCUGGUGCGCACAUAUGUAUGGGCCUAUUUUCACUCUGCUGAUUGGGUCGCCGUGACUAACCUCUACACCACCUGUCGGGUCGGGGUGGGGGCUCCUGGGGUGGGAGAUUCCACCUUUUUUGGAUCAAAGGAAACCAAAACUUACUGUUGUUAUCUUGGUGUAAGAGGGAAAUCAACGGCCUGGCUUCUGCAAAAGUUGUAUGAUUUUGUGAGGAAAGUUGAAGAACCAAAAGCAAGAGAAGAAGAUAAGGCCUGAAACAAGGUAAGACGACCAUGUCUACUGUACGUACUGGUUUAUGAAUUUUUCUUGUAGAAAUAUAUAGAACGAAUCCCAGCAAUCUGGUGACCGUGUCUUAUACGUAGUAGUUUAGUUUUUCUUCAACUUGAACAAAGUACAUAUAUUUAUAUGGCCGAAAUGACAAUUAAUUUAAGGCAAAAGGGUCAACGGGUCAUAAUGACACUAUUAUUUGAUCUAGAAGGUGCGGAAUUAAAGGGCGGGAGUAAUUAAUUGUAGAACAAAUUGAGAAGCGUAAUUUCCGGCUACAAUUUGACUUCGUUGCAUUUUAAAAAAUAAUCCAUCUACGCAUUCUAUUGGAAUUUUAUCAAUUCAGAACACGAAAGAUAGAUUAAUUAUCAAUUCAGAACCUGAAAGAUGAAACGUAUCGGUAUAGGACCCGAAUGGCGGAAAACUAUCAAUUUAGGACCUAACUUUUCAUAGGUUUUUUAUUAAUUCCUUUACUAAUUUUUGAUAAACUUUUCUUCACAAAAGUUUAUUAGUUUAAUAAAACUAAAUAAUAUUUAAAAAAAUUAAAAUAAAAAAAUUAUGACAACUUAGGUCCUAGAUUAAUAGUUUUCAAUUAUUCAGCUCCUAAAUUUAUUGUUUUUUAUCAUU